GUGACCUUUAUCUUUCUCAACUUCACUAUAGCGUUUACAUUAGCCCUGUUAGGAACUCUCAUAUUCCGGUCCCACCUAAUAUCAACCCUACUUUGUAUAGAAGGCAUAAUACUAUCCCUGUUCAUUAUUAUCUCUAUAUCAAUCCUAAACUCCAACUCAAUAAUUUCCUUCCCUAUACCUAUCAUUAUUCUAGUCUUCGCUGCAUGCGAAGCAGCCGUAGGUCUCGCACUUCUAGUUAAAAUUUCAAACAUAUAUGGUACAGACCAUGUUCAAAACCUCAACCUACUGCAAUGCUAA